AUGCUGCCGGCCUCCAUCCAGAUCACCGGGGAGCAGCUCUCAGCCGCCGAGGUGCAGGACAUCUGUGAGAGUCUGAAGGAGGACGGCGUGCGCCUGCUGUCCAUCCGCGGCUGCCAGCUCUCCGAUCGCGACUUCGGACGAAUCUGUCGCAGCGUUGCCGAGUCGCGCUCGCUCGCUCAGCUCAACCUGAACCUGGGCGUGGUCUCCAGCAUCAGCAGAACUCGACACCUGGCCGACGCCAUGAGCACCAACCGAUCCCUGCAGACCCUGUUUCUCCACGGCAGCCCGCUCUUGGACGCCGGCCUGGUCACCCUGAACUUGGCGCUGUCGACCCACCCGGCCCUGGUCUGUCUGGAUCUAGGAGACUGCCUGCUGGGAGAUGAGGCGCUGGGUCUGAUCUGCGGGAUGCUGCCCCCUGAUGGAGCAAAGUCAGGCCUGAGGGAACUGACGCUCAGCGCUAACGCAGGAAUCGGCUCCAGAGCUUGGGCUCGACUCAGCAUCGCUGUGGCCCACAGCUCCCAGCUCCGAGUCCUCAACCUGGACUACAACCGGCUGGGUGAUCACAUCGCAGGGAUGUUGGCGGUUGCUGUGGCGUCCAGCAGAACCCUGGAGGUGUUGGACCUGGAGGGAACCGGACUGACCAACCAAUCAGCACAGGUCUUCCUGGACAUGGUGGAGAACUACCCGACCUGCCUGCGGGUUCUGGUUCUGGCGGAGAACGACAUCAGUGCGGAGCUGCAGCAGCAGAUCUGCGACCUCCUCUCUGAGGGGGAGGAGGACAGAGAGGCCCCGCCCCUCGUCACAGGCGCCAACCCCAGCAGUGACCUGCUGUCAAUCAGAGACAAGUACCAACCAAUCAGAGACAAGUACCAGCCCCCCGCCUGGCUCCCCCACAGCAACUCCGGCCCACAGACGGUCCUCCUGACAUCAGGUCUAGGUGAGAGCUUAUUGGACGAGACUGAGCUGUGACCCCUCCCACAAACACACCCACUGACUGUUUUCACUUGAUCCGAUUGGUUUGAAUGUUUGUUUCUGCACUGCACUUCCCUGGGUUGUCGGAUCACAUGAUCACUGGCAGCCAAUCACAUGCCACUGCAUGGUUUGAUGUAGCACCUGUACGUAGACAAGCAGCGGCACCAAAUUACUUCACCUGUGAUCAGGCUCCGCCCACAAAUGCUACCUGCGGGAACUCAGGCUAAAAAAUCCUCCAGCUCCACCUUGUGGAGAACAGUUAUUUGUUCUCAGGGCUGAUGGGAAAUGUAGUCCGUGCAGAGCCUGAACCUUCGGAUGUUUGUCUAAAGGAAGGAUUAAUGGACCAAACUUAAAUAUGAAGUUUGACUGUUUAAAGUUAAAAAGACGACGAUGCUCAUCAGUGUCUUUGAUGCAGAUUGUGUCACCUGGAGUUUCUGCAGGUAAACGGAAACGGAGUGUUUCUGAUGAAUGUAUUUUCUGUUUGUUUGUUCUGCCGCUCAA